AAACCCACUUCGACUUUCACUCACACAAACAACACAACAAGAAACUAAAACCACACCAUGUAUGGACAUAUCAGCAGCUCCAUAGCCUCCGAUGACACGUGUCCAGGUUUCCUAUACUCCGAGAACAUACUGGCUCCUCCUCUGCCGCAUGAUCAUCACCCUCACUACUUCCUACCUCCGCCGCCUCUUAUGAUGAGCCACCACUCGUUAGUCACGGCCGAGGCAGUUUCAGGGUUUGGUUACUUUGAUUCCAGCAUGACCACUGGUGGCGGUGGAUGCAACAGCUGCGACUCGCCGAGCUCGAUGGGGAGCGGCGGAGAGAGUCUUGUGAUGCAGAGGAGUGUGAGUAGCCAUAAUGGCUUUUUUGGUAAUUUACCGACGACGGCCCACGAUUUCGUUAACGAUCAUGAUGGGCCAGUGAGACGGGCCCUUAGCGCCGGAGAUCUACCCAGGAGUAGCAGGAGAGAGAGCAGUGCGGUGUUGAGUGAGAGCAAUGCAAUAAUAGAAGGAAUGAGCAAAGCAUAUAAGUAUAGUCCUGAGGAGAAGAAAGAGAAGAUCGAGAAAUAUCGUAGCAAACGAAACCUUAGGAACUUCAACAAGAGGAUUAAGUAUGAAUGCAGGAAGACAUUAGCGGACAGUAGGCCAAGAAUAAGGGGGAGAUUUGCAAGGAAUGAUGAGAUUUCACAACAAGAACAAGUUGAUGUUAUUGAAGCCGUGGUUGGAGAUAUUGACACGUGGGCAUCUUUUCUUGAUUCUUUCUCUGCUAAUCACUUCCUUAAUUAGUCCUUAGAAUUAUAUUUAUGUUUUUCUCUUUCUUAGUAUAUGUUUAUAUGGUACUUUCAUUUGUUUUGGCUUGAAAGAUUUCUCCAUGUUGCUAAACUCAUGUAGGUUAUGUGUGUUUUCUUUGUAAAUAAGAAUAAUAAAUUAAAGUAUUAUAUAUUUUUG